AAAUAUUUUUGUCCAUUUUUAGCAAACAAAGAUUUAUUGUUUAAAAUGGUACUAAAUGGCUCGUUGCAUCCAAGAUUAUAUGCUUUUAUUAUAGACCGAGGCAAUGAAUCUAAUAAUAGAAAUUGUAAAACUAACCAAAAAUUAAUUUAUAACAUAUAUUUAGACACGUACAUACAAAAUCAAUAUAAAACAAAUAUAAACGAGGAAGAAACCGACAAAAAUAGAGCAAAAAUAUUUUUGAAUUCCAAAAAGUUAGAUUUGUAUUCUCAAAAUGAGGAUUAUAAAGCGUAUUACUCUAACAUAAAAAGUGCAGAACUUGAAUUAUUAAAUAACAACCCUAAGAAAGCUACAGAAAUAUACCAUUCUGUAUUUAAAAAGUAUAAAGAGCCCUUUUUGAGGGAUGUUUUUGUAGC